AUGCAGCCAUUCGUUUCUGCCAUGACCUCUUUACGGGAUGUUCUCUUAGCCGCCUUCAGGUCGCUCCUCCGGGGCAGGUCGUUGCUCCGGAUUCUGCUGGCGUUCUGGACCGAGAGCAAGCCCAACCACGACCAUCAAGAUGUCGGCCAAGCCAAGGUCGCCGCCAGCCCAGUCGCGGAUUUCCUCGCCGAUGCCGAGCACCUGCUGUUGGCGCCUGUCGAGCCCAGCCGACUGCGCGAUCUCUCACGGAAGCUAAAGCGCCAGUUUCGGGAAGCCCUGCGGUUAAACCCGAACUGUAUGCUGCCGUCCUACAACUCCCAACUACCCACUGGCCUCGAGUCCGGCCAAUAUCUCGCCCUCGAUGUUGGCGGGUCAACGCUACGAGUCGCACUGGUAGAACUGGCGGGUCGUGCAUCACAGGGCCUUCGAACCAGCAUUGUUCGGAUAGAUUCGUUCAAGAUCAGCAGUGAUGUUCGAAGUCUAAGGGGAGUCGCUUUCUUCGACUGGAUGGCCGAGAGGAUACGGGAAACCGUCGCCGAAGACGGCGAGAAGGGUCACAGUCCGGACCACCCCCUCAUCAUCGGCAUGGCUUGGAGCUUCCCCAUUGAGCAAACCUCCUCCAAGGGCGGGAAACUCUGUGGUAUGGGCAAAGACUUCCUCGCAGCCGAGGGGCUUGUCGGGCAGGACCUCGGAGAGAUCAUCAACCUGGCAUGCAGGAGAAAGGGGAUUCAUGUCGAAUUGUGCGCCAUUGUCAACGACUCGAGCGCCACCCUGCUUUCCAAGGCCUACACCAACCCUUCAACGCGCUUCGGCUUGAUUCUCGGGACAGGGGUCAAUAUCGCGGCUCACCUCCCCGUCAGCACCAUCGACCUACCAAAGUACGGUGACCGGCCCAGCAGCUGGCACGAAAAAGCGAGCCACGUCAUUGUCAACACGGAGCUGGGCAUGUUUGGCAAGGACAUCCUCCCGCUGACCAGAUGGGACAAGCUGCUCAAGGCCGCACAUCCCCGGCCAGAUUUCCAGCCCCUCGAGCAGCUUGUUAGCGGCUUAUACCUCGGCGAGAUCUGCCGGCUAGCCCUGCUCGACGCUAUCACUACCACGGGGAUAUUUGGCGGGACAGUCCCACCGUCACUCCAAAAGCCCUACUCGCUCGACACCGAGACCCUGUCAUUGAUCGAAGCCGACUCUUCCUCCUCCCUAUCAACUUCCAUCACCCUCUUCACCUCCCGUCAUCCGAGCACCGUGACCCCGACCACAGCCGACUUGGCCUUUUUGCGCGCCCUGGCGUCGUACAUUGCGCGCCGCUCCGCCGCCAUCGUGGCCGCCUCGCUGUUUGCGCUCUGGGAGCUCAAGGCCGAGGCCGAGCGCGAGCUGAUCACGGACGCCUCCUCUUCACCCUCCUUUGCGGCGGCGGCCGCCGAAGCCGAACUGGCCCUAUCCGACGCCAAGACCACGGUGGCGUACAACGGCUCCGUCGUCGAAAACUACCCGGGCUACCGGGACCAUUUGCAGAGCUAUAUUGACCAGCUAGUUUCGAUUUCCCAAGAGAGGAGGAGUCAAGACCAAGGCCAAGACCAAGGGACAGUGGCAAGGGGCGCGGAAGGGGUGAUUGCGCUCGUCGAGGCGAGGGAGAGCCCGCUGCUUGGGGCUGCGGUGGCGUUGGCUUGCCUGGAUUAA